AUGUCUGACAAAUCAAGUGAACUUUUUGUUUUCAAUGGAAUUGAGGCCUAUUGGGCAAUUGCUCGUACACUACAAAUCAGAGGAGAGUAUAAACGUGCAUUAUACUACUUACAGUUAGUAUGUUGUAAUCUGAAUAAAUUAAUCAUUUAUAAUUCUAUUCACAUUAAGGCUUUAGAUGAAGAUAAUCAACAUAUAAAGUCGUAUUUAUUGAGAGCUUACUGUUAUAUGCAAUUAUUUGAAUUAGACAAGGCCUUGUCUGAUGUACAAACUGUACUACAAUUUGAAAAGAGAAAUCCUCAUGCAAUAUUAUUGCUUGGUGAAAUAUACUAUCUACGCGGUGAUUUUGAAGAAGCUUUAACAUCUUUUCAUCAAGGUCGUAUACUAAGACCAACUAUUGAACACUUUUUAACUGGUGUACACAAGUGUGAAGAUGCUAUAAAGAAUUCUUGUACAUCUGGAAAGUUGAAACUUUCACCUCGAUUGGAUUUAACCGAAUUUUAUUUAAAGGCAUUUCCGCCAUCGAAACGAGAUCACAGACAAACAAGAGUAGUUCGUAAAACUGCGAAAAAAGAUGAUGAUAUCCUUACCUGGCCCGCUCCACAACCAAAAAUAAUCAGAGAGAAAUUAAUGAAACAAACAUAUCCUCAUUAUAGUUAUCUGGAAUCUCUUUUCAAAGAAGAAGGUAAGUUAAAAAUUGGAUUAUAA